AUGUUCAAGAUUAUCGAAUCGUUGGCCUCGAAGGGCGAAAAGGAACUGGCGGAUUCGAUCCUGAACUCAACCUCGAACCGGUACUGGAAAAGCCGCAGCGACUUGGACGACAUGAUUGAGUCCGUCGGCGAGUUUCUGCCAGGUCUGCAAGUUGAGAACCGAGCGGGAAUGUUUGCCCUAUAUCCUACUCCUGAUGGAGGGUAUCAUCAAUCUUGGAUCAUCGAUAGGGUUAUGGAGCAAGGGGGUUUGUGGUCGUGGGCCCCAGUCAGCAACACGCCCAGAUCGGACCUGACAGCAGAGCCAUCAGAGCAAGAAUCCUACAAGGAGCUCGAAAAACGCUUUGAAAAUCACAAGCAUAGUAAAAUGAUUAUCAUUAGCUCUAUGCUCUUGAGAAUGGGAGAAGAGGCUGCGAAACAAGUCAUGUCUGAGAAUCCCGGCAUGAAGAACAGUCCCAUGAAACACUCGGCGGCUGGAAGCAUCAUGGCUCUGUACAUGACCAGGGUUGGAACUCAGGGUCCAAAAAUGGAUUGUGGACGGGCAACCUUUGACGCGGAUACCACCAUCAUGACAUUCAGAAACCUCAACGAAACCUGGCGAGACGUCGCCUUCCAAACAUACGCCCAAGACCACCAAGACGACGUCCGCUUCCCCGUCACCUAUCUCAUAUCUGCUACUGAGUGGAAGAGAGACAUCAUUAUCGAGGUUCCCAAGAAGAUCGGGGUCAAGGCCUAUCGCCACUCCGUACUCAAGUUUUCCAUCAACCUGCGUUUCCAAUAUCCUGUCUACGAUGACGAGUAUAUAUCGGUUCGGCCGCGUGUGAGUAAAUACAAGAUUGGCGAGUCUCGGGAGCAGGCGCAGGAAGGGGAGGCUAGUCGGGGUGAUGCAAGUGUUGAAUGUGGUGAUUCUUGA